AGCAGCAUCAAGCUUUGUAAUAAAAACACAAAUACACAAAUAAAUAAACAGGGGCGACUUGAAAACACAUAUUGAUUAGACAAAAAAGAAUGUCUCAUUUAAAGAAUAUGUCAAUUAUUUUAGUAAUUGCUUUUGUUGCAACAAUAGUAGAAAGAACAGAUGCAGUAGAUCAUACUGUUGGAGACACAACAGGCUGGACAAAUAGUGCUGGCGCUAAGUUUUACUCCGACUGGGCAUCCAAUAACACAUUCAAACAAAACGAUGUUCUCGUUUUCAAUUUCGUUGCGGGUGGCCACAGUGUUGCUGAAAUUAACAAGGCAGACUUUGACAAUUGCAAUGUGAAUUCAACUACAAAUGCCAUAACAACAACACCAGCAAGAUUCACCCUUAACAGAACUGGUGAUUUCUAUUUUACAUGUACUUUCCCAACCCAUUGUCAAACUGGCGGCCAAAAACUAACCGUUAAAGUCCCAGCAUCUUCUUCAUCUACUCCUCCUUCUGCUACUCCCCCUUCAUCUGGAACCACUCCAACUUCCCCUACCAGCGGAGGAACACCAUCCCCUUCCUCUCCAACUCAGCCUGGCGCAACUCCUCCAUCACCUGGUUCAGCCACUGCUCUCGUUGCUACUUUCCCUACUCUGAUUGCUCUUGUCAUAAACUUGUUGCUUUAGACUUUUUUUUUUUGGAAUGGUUGCUUUUUGUGGUAAAGUUAUUUACAGGUAUAAAUGUUUAUUUCUAUUUUUGGGUGUAAUGUUCUAUACUUAAGUUUUUUAGGUUUCCUUGUUAUUUUUGGUUUUGUAUCGGAAUCAAUAAAUUUGCUUUUUGAUUGUUUUGGAUUUGAAUACGGCUUAAGCAAUACAAACUAUUGUAGACUAUCCA